CUUCACAUCAUGGCCUUUUUGGUAGCUUUCGGGUGAUUUCCACCUCAACUCUUCCGCAUUUUCCUGCCGCUCUCGGGCUGUGACGUGUCGUGCUGACGGCGGCCUCGGAGCUGGAGAAGCGGGGGGCUGUAGCAGGACACUGUCUGGCUUCAGACGUCCUGCUUCGUUUUUCAGCGGUGUUCCAGAAACUACCCCCUCACCCCUCCUUCUCUGCUCGUUCGCGGCCCGCCCAAAUCACACAAAAUUCCCGACUGAAUCCUGCCCGAGUCUGGGGGAACCAGGCGGCCUGGGAAGCCGUGGAGCGGACAGAGGCCAUCCCUGCAGCAUAAAUCUGCUCCUCAGUAACAAAUGCAGCACGAGGACAAUGGAUGAGGAUGUCACAAGGCUUGCAAUACAUGCUGAAGAGCCUAAAAUAAUAAUACACGGAUCGGAUGACGGUAGUGCCGCUGGGCAGGAGUUUGUUGUGGAGCUUCAAGAGACUGUCUUGGUAUCAGAAGGUGAGGGUGAAGGCAUGGCAGUUCACAGAUUUGCCCCAGAAGAGCUCGUCAUCCAGGAUGCAGUCGAAGACGUAGUUUCUGAGUAUGUGCAUGGAGAUGAAGAUGAAGAUGUUGCUGUAGAAACCUGUGUGAUGGCUCUAGAAGGCGAAGAGGAAGGCGUUGCCAUGGGAGACAUCCCGGAAGAUGGGCUGGACCCAGAGCAGCAGGAUGAUGACCAAGAUGGCUGUGGAGAUUAUCUGAUGAUAUCCUUGGACGAAGCUGGAAAAAUGGUCUCUGAGGAUGGAACUGAGGUAACUGUGGAAGGGGCCGUGGAGGACCAAGAAGUGGAGAAGGACGAAGAUGGACAAGAGGUGAUAAAAGUGUACAUCUUCAAGGCGGAUUCAGGAGAGGACGACAUGGGAGAAUCUGUUGACAUCAGUGACGGAGAUGCAGAGAGCGUCGCACUAACAGAGUCUACAGGCCAAACACUCAGAGAGAAGAUGGUUUACAUGUCUGUCGGGGAUUCUCAUCACAAUCAAGGAAAUCAUGGUGUAGAGGACAGUGAGGGCUGUGAAAACCGAAACGGCGCUGCCAGUGCACUGCUGCACAUCGAUGAAUCAGACGGUGUCGAUGAAAUCAAUAGGCAACGCAACAAGAAUAAGAGACGAUCAGAACAUCGGCAGGUCCAGACAGCCAUUAUCAUUGGUCCAUACGGCCAGCCGCUGACAGUUUAUCCUUGCAUGCUCUGUGGUAAAAAGUUCAAGUCGAGAGGUUUCCUAAAGCGACACACUAAGAAUCACCACCAGGAUGUUCUGACCCGCAAAAAGUACCAAUGUACAGACUGUGACUUCACCACCAACAAGAAAGCCAGCCUCCACAAUCACAUGGAAGUGCACGCACUGAGCAGCAAAGCCCCUUUUGAGUGCGAGAUGUGCGGUAAAGAGUUCCACCAGCAGGGGGCGCUGUUCUCCCACAGGCUGCAGCACCACCACAGGGAGCCCAAAGCCCAGCCACCUCCUCCACCCACUAAGAUGCACAAGUGCAAGUUUUGUGACUAUGAAACCGCUGAGCAGGGACUGCUCAAUCGACACUUGUUGGCCGUCCACAGCAAAAGCUUCCCUCACAUCUGUGUGGAAUGUGGGAAAGGCUUCCGGCACCCGUCGGAGUUGAAGAAACACAUGCGCACUCACACCGGCGAGAAGCCUUAUUCCUGUAUGUACUGCGACUACAAGUCGGCCGAUUCCUCCAAUCUCAAAACGCACAUCAAGACUAAGCAUAGCAAAGAGAUGCCGUACAAGUGCGAACGCUGUUUCCAGACCUUCGCAGAGGAGGAGGAGCUGAUGCAACACGGACUGACUCACGAGGAGAAUAAGACCCACCAUUGUGCCCACUGUGAUCACAAAAGCUCAAACUCCAGUGACCUGAAACGCCAUAUCAUAUCUGUUCACACCAAGGACUAUCCACACAAGUGUGCGGUGUGCGGAAAGGGCUUCCACCGGCCAUCUGAGCUCAAGAAGCACUCUGUGUCUCACCGCACUAAGAAACUCCACCAGUGCCGGCACUGCAACUUCAAAAUCGCCGACCCCUUCAUCCUCAGCCGCCACAUUUUGUCUGUCCACACAAAAGAGCAGCAGGCCUCACCUGAAAAGAGUGAGGCGAAAAGGACAGAGACGCACACUCCCGUUGCGGCGCCUAAAAAGUCUGCACCUAGUGGCUCGGGUGGGUCCGGCCCACCAGCCAGGGUCAGUGCGGCCAGCUUAGCCAGCAGUGUGACUGUUGUUAUUGGCAAAGGACAGAAAGAGAAAAGGAUUUACCAGUGCCAGUACUGCGACUACAGCACCGGGGACGCUUCGGGGUUUAAGCGGCACGUGAUCUCCAUUCACACAAAGGACUACCCGCACCGCUGCGAGAUCUGUUCCAAAGGGUUCCGACGGCCCUCGGAGAAGAACCAGCAUAUCAUGCGUCACCACAAGGACGUAGUGAAAGCAGAGUGACUCUGACUGAGCCAAAUACUGUGCCAGAACAAAGACCAACAUCAGAAACGCCCAUCACACACCUGAGUCCUUACACACUCACAGAAACUGUGAGGUGUGUUCGCUCUACUUUUGUCCAAUCUGUUGUUUUUGCUCUUUCUAAUCCUCAGCCUUAUGUUUCUUCGCAGACGUAUACUCAUGUACAUACCAUUAAGUCUCUUACAAAGUUAGCACCCUCCUCUUCCCCUUCUUCAUAGACUUGCACUUUUUAACUGCAUGUCCCCUGCUGGUGACUGUGUGCAUGGCAGUUUGUCUUUUUGUAGAUACACGUUUUUGGAUUUGGCAGGUAGCAAUCAGUUCUCGGUCAAAAUCGGUCCUAAUUAUUUGUCUUAAUCAAAGUGUAAUUUUCAAAAAUGUUUGCAUCAUUCUUUUAAAAUAUACUUUUAACCCAACAGAGGUAUGGAUUAGCCACAUGUUCUAAGUAGCACUUGUGAGAUUCAGUUCGUUUGUGUGUGUGUGAAUGAAAGGGAGAAAGAAGGCCAUAAAAAGUCCCCCUAUGUUGUGCUUCCUGGUGCUUUGAUCCCACCAAUAUGUAACACAAUGGUUUUGUUGUGGUAACAAAAACAGAACGGUAUCAAAAAUCAUUCUGUGUCCACCACAAUCAUUCAAUUUCCCUGUAAAAGAAGUGGAUGCACUGUGGUUGUGAUUUAACGUCGACACAUGCACAUGAAUCGCUGUGCAAUCAAUGCUUUACUUUAUGUCCAAUAUUUCUGUUUCUUGUCUGUAAAUGUGCUCAGUUGCCCGGAUCAAGCGGAGACUAAGCCCAAAAUUUCAGUGUUUCAAUCUUUUAAGUCAAACAAGGGAGAGAAACCCAAUGAAUUUCAAAGUUGAUUUGAGUGAAAUGUAUGUUGGGAAUCAUACAGUAUACGUGGUGCUGCAAAUCUGGAUCUAUGGACUGAAUUGUGUUUUCACCAUCACAGAUGUACUUUUGCCAGUAGAAAAGGGAAAAUGUAUAUCUUUUUAGAUGCAACAUUCAGAUGCCAGGUGCUGGUGGUUUAUGCGUAUUAUGGCUUUUUACAUCCUUUAACACCUGUGAUCAUUUCUGUUUUUAUAUUUAUUUCACUUACAACUUGUUGUAUAGUUAAGUGUAACUAGACUUCUAUGGGACGUAAAUUAUUGUUUUGUAUACAAAUCUGUACAAAGCGUGUAGAUGUAAACACUUGAUAAAAAGGAAAUCCGAAUUGUGUUGUUAUGGAUGUACGUCUGCGUAUUUGUUAAAAAAAGAUAAUAAAGCAAAGUAUUUUA